UAUCCUGUCUCCGUCAUCUCUGCUCAUUGCAUUACUGGUGCACUUUCUCAAUUUUUGAGGACAUCUGAUGUUUCGUUAUUGCAGACCAGAAAUGCUGGCCCGUUUACCAGUCAACGGUUGUUACCGCCGGCAGAUGCCAUCAGCAGUUCAAACUUGAUGCCAGCGUCCUUGUCGUAGGUCCGGGGUGCUACCGCAUUGUCUGCGUGCAUCUCGGAAUGGAUAAGGCUAUGGACGACACCUCAAGGCUAUUCUAUUCGCUCAAUAUCGAGGGGGAAAAUGGUAUCUCCUCUAAUGCCAGUUACUUCCCGUCGGAGACUGAGGAUUUCAGCACUCGGACCAGCGUUCUGUCACCGCAUACCGAUGUUUCGACACGGCCUACCACCUACGACCAGCUCAUUGAUUAUCUUGACACGCUCAAGGUAGCCGUCAUAGAUGGGGACAACCUUCUACUGGGGAAGAAUAUAGGACUUGGCGCCAGCUUCCACGUCCAGGAGGGCAGGUUUCUUGAUCGAAGCAUCCAUUCCUCAUUCGUCGCGGUGAAAACGCCUCGAGAAAGUAUCCACAAGCAUCCCCAUAUCUUGAGCUCCAUCAUCAGGGAAGUCCUAGAUGAAAUACGAGUUAUGUCCCAUCUUUCGCUGCACCCGAACGUAGCAACCCUUCUGGGCGUCGUGCUCGAGGAAGCUGGAGGCGAGCGCCUCCUGCCUCGGAUUGUCAUGGAGCGAUCUGUUGGAUCGUUGGGAAGUCUUCUUCGGAAAUCACAGGGAGGGCUUCCCAGACAUCUAAAAACCCGAUUUUGUCUGGACGUAGCUGCCGGUCUCGAAGCUCUUCACCUCAUCGAGAUCGUCCACGCCGACGUCAAGUCAGAUAACAUCCUCAUCUUCUAUACGGCAGAAAAUUGGUUUGAGAAUUGCGUACCCAUGUUGACUGCAAAAGUCUCCGAUUUUGGAUUCUGCGUCCCUGAUACGAAUGCACGGGAUCUCGCUAUUGGUGCCAAAGGAACCGUGCGAUUUAAGGCACCGGAGACUCUUUAUGAGGCGCCUCCGUCCUUGUGCCAGUAUGCUAAUCUUCCUCAGCGAGACCUCUACUCUUUUGGAGUGCUAGUAUGGGAAGUUGUCAAUGACGGUCGUCUUCCAUUUCCCACUGUCAGCGACGCCAACAUUCCGAGCCUUCAGCUCUCCACCGAAGAUGGAGCGUCUGAUGCCCUUAUCAACAGCAGUGUGGUGGAAGUUGAGGGUUUCUUGACAACUAUACGGGGUACUGUCCGCAGGAGUCCCAGUACUCGAAUGUCAUGGCAGGACGUCUUUACGUCGCUUUCGACGGCUUGCGACGCUUCUUGUAUUUCCCCAAGUCCCUGCAUUUCUAUUGUACAGGUAUGUUAGUUUACUAUCUUUUCAUUUCUGCGCUCGUUCAUCGCCAGAAAGUACUUCACAGACCCAAGCGAACGGCAAAUCGCGGCUCAGUGGACCGAAUUCCAACAAGUCGGAUGGAUACCAAAGGUGCCUUUUCCGUAUGCGGUGGGUCCCAGCAUUAAUGCUGCAGUACCUGACGUUCUUACUCUCUCCCAGACAUGGCGAAAUGGCGACGACAGCAGCUACUCAAG